AUGAUUGGUUCAACUCUAGUGGAACAAGUAUGCGACUACUCUCAUAACAAGGCUAAUUGCAUUGAAGGGUUUGGGUCUGAACCAGAAAGCGAACAAGCCAAUCUGCAGCAACUACGGAUAAUGGCACUGAAGCUCGCAUCCAAAAACGCAACAGACACAGCAUUGUACAUUAAGCGAAUGCUUAAAGACGCAUCCACAUUGGACGCUGCCACUAAGCAAGCCCUCAUCGACUGCGCGGAGCAGUGUGGAGUGGAUGUGAACCAACAACUGGCGUCAAAAUCUAUUCUACAUGAUGGCUUCGUUGCUGCGUUGUUAGCAAAUGCUCAACACGACGUGUAUGCUUGGGUGAGUGCCGCGAUCACUGACGUGGAUUCCUGCGAGUACGGAUUCAAUGAAAAUGGCAGCCAGGAUUUUUUGCUCGCGGCAAGGAAUGCCAUGUUUCGACAAUUAUGCAACAAUGCUUUGGCCAUCAACAAAUUAUUAAGUGACCAAUCAAAUACUAAUUUUCUUAUGUUAAUAUUGAUCACUUCUAUAUUUAUUUAUCGAGAUUAUAUUUAUAAUUUGCCCAACUUCUAA